AUGCGGACGUUGGAGGUGGACGUGGACGUGGACGUGGACAUGGACGUGGACGAGAACGUGGACGUGGACGUGGACGUGGCCGUGGACGUGGACGUGGACGUGGACGUUGACGUGGACAUGGAUGUGGACGUUGACGUGGACAUGGACGUGGACGUGGACGUGGACGUGGACGUUGACGUGGACAUGGACGUGGACUUUGACAUGGACAUGGACGUGGACGUGGACGUGGACAUGGACGUGGACGUGGACGUGGACGUGGACAUGCACGUGGACGUGGACGUGGACGUGGACGUGGACGUGAACCUGGACGUUGACGUGUACAGGGACGUGGACAUGGACGUGGACAUGGACGUCGACGUGGACGUGGACGUGGACCUGGACGUGGACGUGGACAUGGACGUGGACAUGGACAUGGACAUGGACGUGGACGUGGACGUGGACAUGGACGUGGACGUGGACGUGGGACGUGGACGUGGACGUGGACGUGGACACGUGGACGUGGACAUGGACGUGGACGUGGACGUGGACAUGGUCGUGGACGUUGACGUGGACAUGGACGUGGACGUGGACGUGGACAUGGACAUGGACGUGGACGUGUACAUGGACGUGGACGUGGACAUGGACGUGGACGUGGACGUGGACGUGGACCUGGACCUGGACGUGGACGUGGACGUGGACGUGGACGUGGACUUGGACGUGGACGUGGACGUGGACGUGGACGUGGACGUGGACAUGGAAGUGGACGUGGACGUGGACGUGGACGUGGACGUGGACGUGGACGUGGACGUGGACCUGGACGUGGAGGUGGACGUGGAGGUGGAGGUGGAGGUGGACGUGGACGUGGACGUGGACGUGGACGUGAACGUGGACGUGGACGUUGACGUGGACGUGGACGUGGACGUGGACGUGGACAUGGACGUGGACGUGGACGUGGACAUGGACGUGGACGUGGACGUGGACGUGGACGUGGACCUGGACGUGGAGGUGGACGUGGAGGUGGAGGUGGAGGUGGACGUGGACGUGGACGUGGACGUGGACGUGAACGUGGACGUGGACGUUGACGUGGACGUGGACGUGGACGUGGACGUGGACAUGGACGUGGACGUGGACAUGGACAUGGACGUGGACGUGGACAUGGACAUGGUUGUGGACGUGGACGUGGACGUGCACGUGCAUGUGCACGUGGACGUGGACGUGAACGUCGACGUGGACAUGGACGUGGACGUGGACGUGGACGUGGACAUGCACGUGGACGUGGACGUGGACGUGGACGUGGACGUGGACCUGGACGUUGACGUGUACAGGGACGUGGACAUGGACAUGGACGUGGACGUGGACGUGGACGUGGACCUGGACGUGGACGUGGACAUGGACGUGGACAUGGACAUGGACCUGGACGUGGACGUGGACGUGGACGUGGACCUGGACGUGGACCUGGACGUGGACGUGGACGUUUACGUGGACGUUUACGUGGACGUGGACGUGGACGUGGACGUGGACGUGGACGUGGACGUGGACGUGGACGUGGACGUGGACAUGGACGUGGACGUGGACGUGGACGUGGACGUGGACGUGGACGUGGACGUUGACGUGGACGUGGACGUGGACGUGGACGUGGACGUGGACGCGUGGACGUGGACGUGGACGUGGACGUCGACGUGGACGUGGACGUGGACGUGGACGUGGACGUGA